UUUUGAUACCAUGGCAAUGCACAGGUUCGCGGCGCUUCCAUCGGACGAGGUGGCGCGCUACAGCCGCCAGCUUCUGGUCAAAGACUUCGGCGUGGAAGGGCAGAAAAAGCUGCUUAAGAGUCGAGUAUUAGUCGUUGGCGCUGGUGGCCUUGGCUGCCCCGUACUACUUUACUUGAGUGGUAUGGGAGUCGGACACCUUGGUAUUGUUGACGGAGAUCACGUGGAUAUGAGCAAUCUCCAUCGCCAGGUGCUGCACACCCCUGCCAACGUCGGUCAGUUGAAGGUUGAGAGCGCGCAAGCCGCGCUGCACCUGCGAUCGCCGUCUGUCGCGGUCGAGGUGUUUCCUGUCCACAUGGACACUUCCAACGCAGCUGAUAUCAUGCACUCCUACGACGUUGUCGUUGACGCAUCGGACAAUGUUGCUACGCGGUACUUGGUGAACGACAUGUGCUGUCUGAUGCACAAGCCACUCGUGAGUGGAAGUGCGUUAGGCAUGGAAGGCCAAGUGUCCGUGUUCAAUUUUCAAGGCGGACCGUGCUACCGCUGCUGCUUUCCUACCCCAACGCCCCAGACCAUGGCUGGUACGUGCUCCGAGCAAGGGGUGCUCGGUGUCGUCCCUGGUAUUAUUGGCUCCCUUCAAGCCAUGGAGACCGUCAAAGUCAUCUCCGGACUCGGCCGUGUGUUGAGUGGUGUUCAAUGUGCAUUCGAUGCGUGGGACAUGACGUUUCGCCAUUAUAAGCUCCCACCGAAACGACCACAAUGCAAUGUGUGUGGCAUAUCGCCAACCAUUCGGUCGGCGUUGGAGUCGGCCGCGUCCGUAGGUCCACUCGUUUGUGAGCUCCCGUCGCCCGUCGAUGCUUCGCACACCGUCACUGUCCACAUUCUGGCCUCGUUGCUCCAAGACCACCCCGAUCUCGUGCUAGUGGACGUCCGAGAGCGCGUGCAUUACGACAUCUGCCACCUCGUGCCCUCGAUAAACAUCCCUCUGGCCGACCUCCCCGCCUCCAUCCCGUCUCUUGUCGGCUCUUCGUCCGCCGUGGCUGUGAUUUGUCGCCGCGGGAUGGAUUCCACACACGCGGUCCACCAAUUGGUCGCCGCGGGUCGUACAGCCGACACGUGGCAUGUCGCAGGCGGCCUCGUCGCAUGGUCUCGUCACAUAGACAUUUCAUUUCCAGCCUACUAACCCUACUUAUGCUUCGUCCUCGUUUUGCGGUGGCACAUACUCGUCCUUGUCGUCAUCAUCGUCGUCUUCUGGCUUUGCAUUUGGAAACAUUUCGCCGUGCAAUUUGCGGUAAUCCACCGCCGUGCGUCGGCGUUUCCCAGACACAAUCAACGUCGUCACGUCCUCGUCACUCUGGUCGUCGUGUGACAUCUGGUGGGAGCGCAUGGAGCGGCGUGCGGCAUCCAACACGUCCGUCGUGGUCGUGAGAAACUGCACUUCUGCAUCGCUCAGCGCGUCACGUUCGUCCGCCAUCUCCUCCUCUUCGUCGUCGUCGUCG